AUGUUUUCGACGUCCAGAAGCGAGCCAUCAAGGAUACUGGCUCUGUUCGUCAUAGCAUCCACUCUCUCCAUCAGCGUCUUUGGUGCCGCCUGUACUACAGCUACUGUCGGGCAACCCUUUUCAACUUGCUUCGAUAUCUACACGAACGCAGGCUUAACUGCUGCUCAGUUCGCUGCUGAUAACCCAGGCCUGGAUUGCUCACGGCUGCAACUUGGACAAAAGGUGUGCAUCUCGUCUGGGACGCUUCCUUCUAAUACACCGUCACCAUCACCCAAUGGUACAUGUGCCGAAUAUACGGUCGUUUCUGGCGACUUUUGUGCUGCCAUUGCUACGAAAUUCGGCAUCACGGUGGACCAAAUUGAGGCGUUUAACGCGAAGACGUUCCAAUGGAAAGGCUGCAGCGCUUUGCAAGUCGGCUUCACGAUGUGCGUAUCACCGGGAAACCCGCCACCAAUAUCCAUUUCGAACUGCUUCGCUCCAACACUCCCUUCGUGUUCCACUUCACGAUCGAUGCGUAAAGUCGCGUACUAUGCUGGGUUUGGCGAUCGGCGUCCUUGUGGUAUCAACAUAGCGCCGGACGAUAUUGACUGGACCCCAUACACGCACGUUCACUUUGCGUUCGCGACUAUUACUCAAGGCCUGCAGAUCCAGCUGGACGACGCUGAUGUACCCUUGCUGAAGCGGCUCGUCGCUCAGAAGGGAAAUCAUCCUCAGCUCAAGGUCAUCAUCGCUGUUGGCGGCUGGGACUUCUCUGAAUCCCAGCCGACGCGAGACCUAUUUUCUCUUGUGAUAUCUUCUGCGCCCAAUAGGAACACAUUCAUCACCUCCGUUGCUUCUUUUCUUUCUGAAUUUGGGGUCGACGGAAUUGAAUACCCGGGUGCCAUAGAACGUAAUGCUCCUGCGACUGAUACGCCGAACCUUACUGCAUUCUUCAAGGACCUCAGAACAGCGCUCCCCACCCAGAUUAUCUCUUGUGCCGCUCCGGCGGGUUAUUGGUUCCUCCAAGGAUUCGAGAUCAACAAGAUCACUAGCAGCGUGUCGUAUAUCAACAUGAUGUCGUAUGACUACCAUGGCCAGUGGGAUACCAACGUCGCCGGUCAAGACCCCGUUACAAAUCCCCACACCUCCAUCCUCGACAUGCGAGAUAGCGCACUGCUUUACGUCCGAGCUGGGAUUGACCUUUCCAUGGGUCUGGCGUUCUACGCAAGGACUUACCAGCUGGCUAAUUCGGGGUGUAAAGGAUACGGUUGCACGAUGGUCGGCGGUGGUGCACCGGGGCCUUGCUCUGCUGCUGCGGGAAUUCUCACUCAGUUCGAAGUUGAUGCCUUGGUAAAGACUGGCAUAACUCCGACUCUAGACAUUGCAAGCGAAACAUAUUGGUUCGACAAUCAAGGUUCGCUCGUCACAUUUGACCAAUCAGAUACUUGGGCCGCCAAGUCACAGUUCGCUGCGACCACUUGCUUUGGCGGGACGUUUAUUUGGUAG